AUGGAAUUAGCCAGUGGUGGAAAAGGUGGAUCCAUAUUAACUGGUAAAAGUGUUGUACGAUUCGAGUUUAGUGCAUUGCCUUCAUCACUUAAUUUAAAUGGAACAAAGGCUUGUUCAGCAAUGGAUCCGUUAACUUAUCAUUCAAAACAAACAUUAAUGGUUGGUGAUAUUGGUGGUGCAAGUGACAUAUUGGAUCAGCGUGACUUAAAAGAAAAGGUCGUUAUGGAGAGUGUUGACAAUUGUGAUUCAAAUCGUUUUGAACUUGUUCGACGACUACCAUGUCUUCCUAGCCGGAUAAACGCCUGUGAAACAAUAAGUAUUUUCUUGGGUAUUACAGACGAAAAAUAUCCAUCGUAUGCGGUACCAGGUUCAUACUUUUCUGGUGCAAUUGGAUUUUAUAAGUCUAAUCUAUUACACAAUGUGGCAACAUAUCCAUUUCGUCUUAAUCUGGAUCAUUCAAAUGCAUUGUCUACACUGACUACAACUGCUCUACCAUCACCUAUACCUACACCGAUUUCACCUGUUAGUCCUGUAACAGUAGCAGCCGUAACAACAAUACAACAACCUAAACAGUUAUCAAUAAGUUAUAUGGGUAUAGGUGUUGAAGAUUUGGAAUGGAUUCAAUGCCUAGGUGAUUUAUUCCUAUUCAAUAAACCAUUGAAAAACUAUUGUAAGCGAAUUGAGUACUGUACAAUAGGUGUAAACCAUGGCAAUGAAAUCUCUACUCCAUCAAUUGACCAGCAAAGUCAACAACAGCAACUAUCAAUCCAUGAUUAUGUACAGAAUGUUUGUCAACCAUCAGAGAUAGUCAACAAAGAUGAAGUUCAAUCAUUUGUGAAUAAUCAGUUGGUUUACAAUACCUUGUCACAAAAAUCGGAUUUUCACACAGUCUCAGUUGAUAACUCAAAGUACACAAAUGAAAAGGCGGAUGGUUUCAGCAACUCAAUUAGUAAUGUGACAGUUGAGCAAAAGGAAGGAAUUGAUAAUAUUGAGAAAUUUACAUCUCUAUCACUGUGUGAUUCCAAUAAUCAGGAAGAACAACAUUCAAUGGAAGGAGUAAAACAUGAAGAUAUCAAAGAAGAAGUUAAACAUUCAACAACUUGCCUACAGAAUGAUUGUGAUACAAAUAAUUUGAGUGAAAUAGACUUUUGUAUACAGCAGGAAACAACGCAUACUGGUAGUGUUACAUCGAUGAUAGAGAUGACAACAACAGCAAAUACAUUACCGACUGUUAACAAUCAAACAACAUUUAAAAAGAAUACUUACACUCCAACUGAAUUUAAUACAAUUCUGUAUAAGAUUCAUACAGAUUUAUGUUCAAUGGAUAAACCGCUCAAUGAUACUACUAUUAUUGAUAGUAAUAGUAGUAGCGAUUCGCCUGGAAAUGAAAUUGUCAAUCAUUUAUGCAAAAUUUUAAACAACCGCUUAAACCUUUGGUAUGAUGUUGAUUAUUUAAUCAAUGGUCGAUUACUUGAUGAAGAGGAGACAUUCAGUCUGCUGAACAAAUUCAACCAAUUGUCAUCAAUAACAACUAGUGUCUUAGAAAGGAAAUCAGAAAUAUCAUUGACAACGAAAGAUGAUAAUAUAUUCUAUCAUCUGAUAAAUAUUUCUUUACCAUCUGCUACAUCUUCAAUUGUAAAGAAUACAACUCAAGUUGGUACAGGUACUCUUAAUAAUAAUAAUCUACCUUUAACUACUCCUGGUUCUCCACCAUCGAAGUCAAAGGUAAAAACAAAAGAUAAACCUGUAUGCAACAGUCUUCCUAGACCUAAAUCAGAAGGUUCUGUUGGCACCAGCGAAACUGAACGUCCAGUAUCUGAUUCUGGAAGCAAUAAUAAUAUUCAAAAUCAAAAACCAUUAACAAUCUCUUCAAAUGAAUUUAAAUUGCGCUUAAUUGAUACAUUAUCUCGUUAUGGUCGACUUAUAAUUGAACGUUUAAUUUGUUUAAAUUAUGCGCAAAAUACAAUAGUAAUGAAUUUAAACAAAUCAAAUUGGUCAUUGUACAAUAUGAUUAAUUUAAAAUUUAUAAAAAGUAAUAAUGAAUUAUCAAAUAAUAAUUUAUUAUCAUCGUCUAGUGAAUUAUUCAAAUAUCUUGAUGAUAUUUAUGAACGUUUAAUUAAGUUAACAAGUCAAACAAUAAUGUCAAAUGAUACAAUUGGAAUAAAUGUGAAAUUAGGUAAUCAAGCAUUACCUGGAUGGCUUCUAUUAUCAUUUAAUAAUAAUAAUAAUAAUAAUAAUAAUAAUAAUAAUAAACUUAGUAAAACUGAACCAUUGAUUGGUAUGAAUUAUGGUUCAAUUGGUGGACGUUUAAUUAUAUUCUUUAUUCUAUAUAUGAUUGUUAAACAACAAUAUCCUGAAGUUAUUGGUUAUUUUCUUCGUCUUCUAUAUCAGAUCGAUGAACCACCGAUUGGUGCAUUAAAAGGUGUUGUAAACUGUGGAGUUGUAUCUACCCCUACACUUGGAACUCGACGUCCGUGUUGUGCAACUUUGGAAAAUUCUUUGAAAACAGCUAAAUCAGCUCAUCCAUGGUUAUUAUGGCUUCUACAACAAGUUGGUUGGAUUGAUAUAGCUGCUUAUCUGAAGCAACAAGAGCCAAUAUUAUUUCCAGAAAGGGAUUAUACAUUAUUUGGAGAUUAA